GCUGCUGCUGGAAGAUGAAGAUGCAGCGCAGGAGGGGACGGUGACGAUGAAGAUGACGACGAUGAUGAUGUUUGCCGAUUCUGAGCGCUCCGGACGGGAAAGCACAAGCAGAUCAAUGUCUGGUUCAAGCUGGGAGCCGCUCGCGUCCUUCACGGAUGGCAGAUGCAGUGCCUAGGCCCCGCCCACCAGGACAACGCCAACAUGAACGGGACCGCCGAGCAGGCCGACAUCCUGCCGCCCAACUGCAUGGUCAAGGACAGAUGGAAAGUGGUCAGUCCGACGGCGAGAGCGGAGACGCCUGGUGGUGGGGGGGGGGGGGGGGUGGACCUGCUGACCCGGGAGAACGUGGCCCUCAAGGUGGAGUCGGCCCAGCAGCCCAAACAGGUCCUCAAGAUGGAGGUGGCCGUGCUCAAGAAGCUACAGGGUAAAAACCACGUGUGCAAGUUCAUCGGCUGCGGCAGGAACGACAAGUUCAACUACGUGGUGAUGCAGCUUCAGGUAAGAGAGAGAGAGAGAGAGAGAGAGGGGCGGGGCCUCCGCGCCGGCUCGCCGCCCACUGACGCACCCCCCCUCUUCCCCCCGUCGGCUCAGUCCAACUUCGCCAUGGGUCGCCUGCCGUCCACGUACCGCAAGUGCUACAUGCUGGACUUCGGUCUGGCCCGCCAGUACACCAACACCACCGGCGAGGUCCGGCCGGUAAGACGCCUCCACGGGGCCUCGCAACUGAUCGCUGUCGCCCCCCCCCCGACGCAGGAGAUGGGUCGCCACGACGACCUGUGGUCGCUCUUCUACAUGUUGGUGGAGUUUGCGGUGGGCCAGUUGCCUUGGAGGAAGAUCAAAGACAAGGAGCAAGUGGGCCAAAUCAAAGAGCGCUACGACCAUCGCAUGUUGCUCAAACACAUGCCGUCCGAGUUCAACGUCUUCCUGGACCACGUCCUCGCCCUCGACUACUACACCAAGCCCGACUACCAGCUGCUGAUGUCGGUGUUCGAGAACAGCAUGAAGGAGCGAAUCGUCGCCGAGAAUGAGCCUUUCGACUGGGAGAAAGCCGGAGGCGACGCCGCCGCGUCCGCCGGCGCCUCCGGCCAAGCGCAGCACAACACGCGGCCCACCGCCGCCAUGGUCGGGGCCAUCGUGACGCCGCUACCCGGAGAGCCUCAGCGCGAGAACACGGACGACGUCCUCCAGGACGAGCACCUGAGCGACCAGGAGAACGCCCCGCCCGCUCCCCCGCCGGGCCGCGCCCCCUGCGAGCCGGGCGAGGCCUGGGAGGACACCGACUUCAACCGCAACAGACUCAGGAUCAGCUUGAACAAGGAGGAGGAGGAGGCGGCGGCGGCGGCUGGUCACGCCCCCCGUCCGGUGUCGCCUGUUCGCGGCGGGGCUCCCGAUUCGCCCGGCGGUCCGGGCCGCUCCUUACGAUACCGCCGAGUCAACAGCCCCGAGUCGGAACGGCCGUCCGCCGCCGAGGGACGCGGGGACGCCUGCGGACAGAGGUCUCGCGCGGACGCGCCGGGCUCCGACCAGGAGGCGCACAGCAACGCUUUCAUCCGCUCCGUGCCGCUGGCCGAGGAGGAGGACUUCGACAGCAAGGAGUGGGUGAUCAUCGACAAGGAGGCGGAGCUUCGAGACUUCCACCCCACCACGUCGGGCACCACCGACGAGGAGCCCGAGGAGCUGCGCCCCCUGGAGGAGCAGGACGAGCGCAGGAAGGCCAAGGCGGCGGCAGGUGCGGAUUCGGCGGUCCGCCCCAAGACUCACGGCCGCGGAUGCCCCGCCCGCUCGCCGUGUCACUCGCUGCCCUCGGCGCGCCCCCGGCCCGACGGACCGCCGCGGCCGCCGGACGAGGACCGCCCCCAGCCGCGGCCCAAUCAGCUGAGGCGCUUGGCCUCCUACGUCUUCUCCUCGUCCGCCCUGGAGACGGAGCACUACCCCCACGGGGGCGGCGCCGCCUUCAUCCAGAGGAGCCGCUCGGCCGAGAGCAGCCCCGCCCACGCCGCCGCCGCCGGUUGGAGGCGGCGGCACGGCCUCAAGGCUCAGACAGGAAGUCCCCCGUGA